CGAGAGAGAGAGAGAGAGACUCCAAGAAGGGUGAGGACCGCUCGCGCCUCUCUUUCCCUCUCCAGCUCGCGCCAAAAAAGCGGAAAAAAAGCCCCUCUUUGACACCGCACGAGCCGGACAGACAUGGAGGGUCCGGGUCUCGGCCGCGGCGUCCCGGCGAGCCCGCGCGAGGGCCUCGUGAAGAACGUGAGCCUGGAGUCGCUCCAGCUGUGCGAGAGAGACGGUAAGGCAGAGGACAGCGGUGUGGUAGAGAUGGAGCUCCCCGUGCCUGUGAACAUCAGGAUCAGUAACAUCACCUGUGACUCCUUCAAGAUCUGCUGGGACAUGGACCCUCGCACCAAAGAGAAAAUCACUCACUACUUCAUCGACCUCAACAAGAAAGAGAACAAAAACUCCAACAAAUUCAAACACAAGGAUGUUCCCACUAAGCUUGUUGCCAAGGCGGUGCCGCUGCCAAUGACAGUGCGAGGCCAUUGGUUCCUGAGCCCAAGAACAGAGUACACGGUUGCCGUGCAAACGGCAUCCAAGCAGAGCGAUGGAGACUACGCCGUCUCAGAAUGGAGUGAUAUUAUAGAGUUCUGCACUGCAGAUUACUCGACUGUGCACUUGACUCAGCUGCUUCAGAAGGCUGAGGUCAUCGCUGGCAGAAUGCUCCCCUUCACAGUUUUCUACCGCAAUCAGAACCAGGAGUACUUCGACUACUGCAGAAACGAGCAGGGAGGCCGAAUGCUCCCUUCAGUGAAGGACAACAGCGGCAGCCACGGCUCUCCCCUGAGCGGUAAGCUGGAGGGCAUCUUUUUCAGCUGCAACACCGAGUUCAACACGGGCCAGCCGCCGCAGGACUCACCGUACGGCCGCUACCGCUUCCAGAUCCCGGCUGAGGAGCUCUUCGGCCCAGACACACGGCUCUACUUCGGUGACUUCUACUGCAUGUACACGGCCUACCACUAUGUCAUCCUGGUGCUGGCACCACGAGGCUCACCAGGAGACAUCUACUGCAGCGAGAGGCUGCCUGAGCUUGAUGUCACUGACAACCGCUUCCUGACGCGCGUGUGCGGCCAGGACGGACGCGUGGAGUUCCGUCACGCGCAGGACGUCAUCCUGGAGCUGAUCUACACAGAACCCGUGGAGCUGGCGCGGGGCAGCGUGGCUCAGAUCAGCGGACAUCAGCUCAUGAGCCUGUCCACCAUCAAUGCAAAGAAGGAUCCCAGCUGCAAGACCUGCAACAUUAGCGUGGGACGCUAACGCUAGCACUCACGCCCAAGCUCAAAGCUGGACUGUGUCCGACCCUCAGAUCACACACCUCACGAACUCGAACAUUAGCAUGGACUGAGAUCUCGUAACACAGAUUCAUCCCAAACAAACUAACCAUCUGUGUCCAAACCCUGAGAGCUGCAACGUGGGAAGCUGGCAGGCUCUCAUGCACACUCAAGCUGGACUCACUAAAGGGAAUUUUAGUAUAAUUCAGCUAUGGAGAUGAAAACAAAGUCAUUCAGAGUGUUUGACGUGAAAUGGUUCACUGUAGAGAAACUUCCCGAUUCCUUUACAGUGGUGAUAAGAAAUGGAAAUUAUAGCCAUUUUACUUACUAUACAAAAUGACCAGUGAACCUACACGUCUUCUGAGCUUUUGUAUGUAAAGUUGAUAAUAGUACAAUAGUCCUAUUUCUUUUUUUUUUUUUAGCUAUUUUGCCCUGCAUGUACCUCUCCGCCAUGACUGGGUACGAAAAACUAGUUUUUAGACCAAAACCUACCUGCUAAACUCUUGUAAUGUCAAUGCCACAGGUGUUCGGCAAUAUAUUCAUAGCCAUUUCAUGUAUUAACUUCCUAUGGUAUCGUUUUUAGAGGGCAAAUGCUUUGCACAUCUAGUUCCGGUCACCACCACUGUGUUUUUACUCCUCUGUAAAUUCCUCGAGGACGUGGCAUUUCACAUCGAACCACUCUGCAUGACUUUAUUUACAUCUUAACGACUGAAUUUUAGAAAUUUAGAAAAAUUGAUGGAAUUUAAAAUACUCUCACCUCAAAACAUCUAACAUGGACUAACACAUACAUUAAUUAAUCUUAGACUUACUAGCCACAAACCCAAAGAGCUUAGCAUGGAAUGCUAAGAACAUUGGCAUGGGGUGCUAAUGGUGACUAGCAGCCAAGCUGGACUAAGAAAUGACCCAUCAGAUGACACACCCCAAUAGCUACAACAUUAGCAUGGGAGACUAACGACAUUAGCAUGGGGAGCUAAUACUUAUCCAUUAUUAGAGUUUAUUAGUGCACUAAAACACACAAACUCACUGUACACUUACUAAACUUACAGGGUCUAACCUCUGACAUAAUAUCAACCUGGAUUUUGGGAAUUCAGUGUGGGAUGCUCAUCCAUGCUGACACAAUCUGGGAAUAUGUAAAAGCCCUAAAAUGAACCUAUAAUUCAACUUGCUCGACCCUCUAAUAGCAGCAUCCUGAGUAUUUUUUUCCUUUCCCAAAAGUCAGAGACCUUCAUUUAUUUAAUUUCCAAUAAAAAUGGCCAAAAAGUACAAGUUGUUCAUGUUUACAUUUUGAUGCUGAGGACAUUAGAUGGAAAAUCUCAGCGCUAUGGGUCUGAAAGGAUGUGCAGCUGUCAGGAAGCCCUUACUGAGAAAAGCUAGACAUGUUUCGGAGUACCUGGAUCGUGAGAAGCAGAAAGUGCAACACUGAGCUUUGGAGGUGUGGAAAAAUAUCUCUGCAGAUUUCUUUGAAAGACUGAAAGCUCUUUAGUAUUUAAGUUCCGUGUACUUUGUUGGUAACUAUAUGCAUUCUGCUUUUUUUCAACACUAAAAAAAAUGAACAACCUGUUCUUAAUAGCCAUUUCGACAGGAAAUUAAAUAAACAAGAGUAUAGGUCUUUGGCUUUUGACAGUACUGUACCUAUCCUGAGCAUUGAAACUUGCAUUUAAAGGCCUAUUAAAUGUCAAGACAUACUAACUGGCAAGGACUUAAGCUGACACUGUGGUCAUGGUCCUAAAGAUCCUAAAGAAGCACUUCAAGGAUGGAUUAAUGUGGACCACUUAUAUGUAAACACAAACACACUCAGCAUGACCGUGCUGACCUUCCAGCCCUCAGUUUCACCACAACCUCAGCUACCCUCUCCUGCUAGCUGUUUCAGUUUGGAAUGCCGACCAAUGCUGAAGAACCUCCGAAUGAACCGUAAUCGUAACUCCAGCCUGAACGCAUACGUGAAUAACUGAAUGCAGGGCACCAUGUACCACGUCUGGAUCCUUCUGUCCCACAUUGCUUGUCUAGGCUGAAUUAUCAGAGGCCUAAACCAACAUAUUAACUAAAGCAAACUGGCCUGGCACCAAAAUCCUUGUCUACAAAGAUGGAAAUGAAAUGGGAAGAAGAAUUAAGAAAAAGGACAAAGAAAGAAAGAAUGCAAAGCCCGUGUGCGCUCAUGGUGCUCCAUCUGCCCUUGUCCUGACACAAGCCGCUGAUAUUCUUUAAAAAGAGUGAAGAAAGAACACCUAUGAACUCACAUAGCCUUACCUGUUCGUCCUAUCGCCUGAGGAAAACAUCACCAAGACACAACUGACGUCAGAAACAACUCAAACCAACAAACCCUACUUUGCGUCGCCUGCUCCAGGAAUUUCUAUACUAAGGAAAGUUUUGAACUGAGAAAGUUUAGCAGGUUUUCCAAGCAAGGAUUAAGCCCUGUUUAGAUAUGAAAUGAAUUUUCAGUGACAAUUUACUCAAAACGAGGCUUAAUCUUGGUUUGGAAAAAAUGCUUCUGAAGGUUCCGCUUUUCCAUGCGACUAGUCAACAUUCCACCUUUUUCCUCACUGGCUUUAUGCUCUUGCAUAGAGACCUGUUUAUUUUUACAAUCUAUUCGCAGUUCUCCUUUAAGCAGUUGUCACUUUUAUGUUCGUUUUGCUUUGUUUUUAUGAGAAUUGCUGUUUUUCUUUGUACGAAAGGUUUCCUGGAGAGAAUGGAACGCCGUGCAUGUGUAUUUGUGAGCGUGAGUGAGUGAGAGAGAUUUUGUGCUGGAUCGCCCAGCAGCUUUAUUCUGCAUGUUCAUCGUGAAAUUGAUGUGGUCUCGUUUUUUCGACAUUUCUGACCCUCAAAGCUGUGCUAUUGUAUGCCAAAGGUGUCUCGGUGAGAAAUGUUUAACCAAACUGUGCUUAACACAAAGGAGAUGACACGAGUCAGCCUCGUUACAGGGGUGACAAAAGUCCUAACACUGGAUGAUUCAAUGCAACACAGGCACGAUUCGCUGAGGAAACUCAAUGCCAGUCUGGACGCGGAUGUUUGUUGCUAAGCUUAAACGGUGAGCCCUACUCACAGGUCCAGCAGCUCCAACAUCUUUUCUACUAAGUUGUCACAGCUGCACAAAAUAGGUUCAGUGUUUUCAAGCCUAAAGUGUACAAAUGAUUUAUUGUUAUUAUUAGUAGUAGUAGUAGCAAAUGAAUGAUCAGCUUAGACAAUGUAUGUAAUGGUUAUCAACUGAUAUACAGUACUGUGCAAAAGUCAGUAACACUGUCAGCCCUGCUGCAUAACACUGACAUAGCCUUGACAUAAACAUAUCACAGUAGAUGUCAUGACAAAUGUUUUACUCUAAUAUUACAGGGUCAUAUUACCAUUACUCGCCAUCAUAAUUAUGGAUAUUUUAUGUCGUGCCAGCUUAUGUCACACUAUAAUUUUCGCUAUGUUUACUGUCGUGACAAUUACCGCUAAUGGUGAUUUUACACGUUAAAUCUAUCUUGAUAUAUUUAUGGCAUGGGUAUAUCAAUGUUAUAUACGUUCUUUAAAAAGAUGGUUCUUCAAAGGUUCUUUGGUAACGAAAAUGGCUGUAAUUAGAACCAUGAACACUCAAAGAACCCUUUGUGUGGUUAAAGAGUUCAUUGCAUCAUGUACGUGUUCUUCAGAUUGAUGGAGAAUGUGGUGUAUGUGGCAAAAAUGGUUCAAUGUAGCACCCAAAAGGGUUCUUCUAUGGUUACAAUAUUAAGCGUGUAAGAAUAAAAGGACCAUGUUGGGUGCUAUACAGAACCCUUUCCAAAAAGGGUUUAUAUAGAACUAUCUAUAGCACAUUCAUGCACGUUUUCCAUCAAUCUGAAGAACCCUGUCAUGAUGCAAAGAACCCUUUAAUCAUGCAAAGGGUUGUUCUAUGUAGAGCUUCUUGCAUCUUUUUAAGAGUAAACCGUUACCCAAAAGUCUGAGAAAACAGUAUGGAAAGCUAUUUUUCUUGGCAGUACUAGUUUGUUUAUUGAAAAAAAACCCACUAAUAUUAAGCUUAGUACAGUUACAGUCCAACUGUUUGUCUAACCAGUCCUUUAUUAAGUUAAAGCAGGUGUUCUGCUGAUGGAAUUGAAUAAAUCUAUGCACUAGCUGGAGUGCAGUGAGAACCAGAGCUCUUCUGUCUUAUACUGACCUACUUAUCGCUGCUGUCGGAACAAAACCUUGUAUCUCCAAAAUAACUUUACAGAUUUUUAAAUUUAAAACUAUUUUACUUUUAAUGCAAGUCAAUCUAACCAGAAUUUUUUCCAAGUAAUUUUGGACCAUUUCUUGGUCCAUUCUUUUUAUUUACACACAGUGUAAAGAGCAGCCGGCAUUUUUAAAUUAUGUCAAAGAUGGAGGUUUUGUUCUGACAGCAGCGAUAGUCUUUACUUCAAACAACUCAUUAUUUAUUUCUACCUGUGAGCAUUUUAAUGGUAUAUAGUGACAAAAAAAUGCACUUAAGGUUGAACAGUUUUCAAAAGGCUACUUAAGACUUUUGCACACUACUGUGAUUUUAAUAUCUGUUGGAUCAAAAUCAAAGGUAUUCAGUUCUCCUUGUACUCUGAACAGAUCAGCCAAGACCUGUCUGGUGUCUGGCAGUGGAGUAGGAGGCUAUAUUCUGGGAGACAACAGACUUCGAUUACUUUUUAGCUACAUUAGCCUCCAGUGCAAAACUAAAGAAGCCCGUCAGACACCAAACAUGCUUUUUAGCAGAUCGACUGUGUUUGACCCCAGAAUGGGAAACUGGCUUACUUGAUUUUCCGGUGAACUAUUCCUUUAAAAAUGUAUAUACGUACAGCAUUACCCACAAGCCACUAAGACAAAAAGAUUUCACUGUUUUCCCCUUUAACAUCAGUAUUAGUUUGAAACUAGGACUUGAACAUUUAUCCCAUACGCAGGAUCAGCAGGCCUAACAGCUGCACUGAAGCAAAACUGCUUAGCGUAAAACCUGCCAUUUUUGUCCGAGAGCACCCAUUUUUGUGGAAUAUCCUCCUUUUUGUGACAUUUUUUAAAACUGUCCUUACAAAUUUCAGUUCUUUUCCGGUACAAAAAACUCACCACAGCAUCUUCUUACAUAACAUUUAUUUCUCUUUGAUAGAAAACAGAAAAAUAAGACAGCUUAUUAAGCAGAAUUGCACAGAAAAAAGCUCAUGACAGUAAAAACAAUGAUUACAUGUGCAGUUUGUCUUUGCUGCAUUUCCGCAACACCAGGCCAACAGCAGGCAAUCUGUAGCAGCACUGCACUCUAUGCAGCACCGACAGAAACCACCUUUCAUAUCAAAUUCGGAUUCAGUUACAGAGAGUGCAGUCUUAAUACUCUCUCUACCAGUUGUGGUCACUGUGAAAUGAUAGCUUAUGUACCUGAGACGUGCAAAUAUUUCAG